AUAAUGUAUAUUUAAUGUAUUUUAAAUAACCCUCAAAAUGGGUUUAAAAUGAAUCUGUUGAAUUUAUUCAAAUUCUGCUUUAUUUUUCAUCUGUUAUAUAUUGAUUAUAUAUACUGUUUUGUAUUUUAUAAUUUUUUAAACCCAGAACUUAACAAAUUAAACCAUACACAAUUUCAUUUAUCAGCAUCAAGAAAUCCUAAAUCUAGUAAAUAUUUUAAAGGUGAAAAGGAGAGGUCGGAAGAAGAUUUUCAUCGGAUUCUAGAAACAGCAAAAUCACUUAACCUAACAGAAAAGGACUUAAACGAGUACGCAUUAAAGCAUCUCCCAAACGAGAGUUUGAGGAAGAGGUUUCUUUAUCUAAUAAAUCCAAAAAAGGUUGAGAACCUACUCCCGAAACGAUUACGCAAACAUCUGGCAAUAUUGCCGCAAAAAAAUCUAGAAUAUUCAAUAGACGAAGCAAUAAGUAGAAUAAAAAUAAUCAGCGGUACGAAGUUUGUGGAAGGAAUCGACGUUGCAAUAAGGAUACCAGUGACUACUAAAAAGGCAAAAUCGACAGCAGGCCAGUACUCUAAAUUAAUAACAAUACCAUAUAAAUCACUCAAAUCAAAGAGAACAAAAGUAGGAAUAUUCGGAAUUAAAGAUACGGUAGAGGAAAUAAAAUCUAAAGGACUUGAAAAUUUAGUUUUUAUUGGCGGCGAAGAUUUGAUAAAGGAGUUUAAGGAAAAACAAGAGGUCCCAGAAGUAAACCUAGUUCUAUCAGACGUUGAAACAUACCCCAAACUGAGUCUUUUGGGGAAAUUGUUAUCUAAAAAGGGGUUAAUGCCCAAUUUGGCUGUUGGGACCGUCAUAGAGUCAAAAACAGAGUUCCUAGAAAUAGUAGACGACUUAAUUCAUAGAAACGUUCUGGUGAUUAAAUCAGACAAAGCAGGGGAUAUCAAGUGCAAUUUCGCAGAUGUAUCUAUGCCAUUGGAUGAAAUAAGAACAAAUUUGCUGGAAAUAUUUAGAUAUUUGAAGAAAAAUAAGCCCCCUUACUCAACGCAAAAAUUCGUUGAUAAGAUAUUUAUAUCAUCAUCAAUGGGUCCCUCAUUUAGAUUAAACGUUAGACAACUGAGAAGUAAUUCUAAAUAA